AUGCAGUUCUACGAGCAAACGGCUGGGACCUCCAUGGGAUCUCCUUUAUCCCCGGUCCUAGCCAACAUCUUCAUGGAGGAGUUCAUGUCUUCCUUCCUCCUCACAGCAGAUCAACCAAGACUGUGGUUACACUAUGUUGAUGACACCUUCAUAGUGCGGCCCCAUGGCCCGGACAGUACCUCCACUCCAGUGCCUCAACAGCAACACGCCAGCAUCAGCUUCACCAUGCAACAGGAACAAGGUGGCACAAUACCAUUCCCGGACUUCAAGAUCUCCAGGAACCUGGAUGGCACCCUGGGACACAGCUUCUACAGGAAACUGACCCCCACCGACCGCUAUCUCCACCAACGGUCGUUCCAUCACCCUAGCUUCAAGUCAUCGGUCAACUGGACCCUAGUACAGAGCCUUUGA